GCCCCUGGCGCUUCUCGCUGGAGCCACCUUCCUUGUCGCCUCGCCACCCCAAGGGGUCCGCUAUGCCGAAGGGGGAGCGGAGAUCCCGGGCCCCGUAGCCCCAGGGGUCCCACUCAUCUCAGGAGAGAGACACAGUGAGGUGGAGCGGAGCCAACCCCGGUCAUCAUGGCCGACCGAAGGCAGCUUUUCACCGAGAUGCGAGCCCAGAAUUUCGAUGCCAUCCGCCUGUCCACGUACCGCGCCGCCUGCAAGCUGCGCUUCGUGCAGAAGAGGUGCAGCCUCCACCUGGUGGACACGUGGAGCCUGCUGGAGGUGUUCCGGGAGCAGGGCCUGGCGGGGCGCGCGGACGGCACGGUGACCACCGGAGCCAUGGCCCCCUCCGGCAGCGGCGGUAGUAGCGGCGGCGAUGGUGGCGUUGGCAGUGGCGUUGGUGGUGGCGGCGUUGGCGUGGACAUGUCGGUGGCCCAGCUGGAGCGGCUGGUGCUGUCCCUCUACGUGCAGCUCAACAAGAAGCUCUCCUCUCAGCAGCAGCUGUCGGCCGAGGCCUGCUCAGGCCUGCUGCUCUCCUUCCUGCUCGCCGCACUUGACAGCGAGGGCCUGGAGAAGGUGACGACGUUUUCCGUGAAGGUCACCCUGGCCACGAUGUGCGGAGGCAAGAUUGUGGACAAGCUUCGAUAUCUCUUCUCGGAGCUGUCCGACGGCUCGGGGGUGCUGAUGUGGAGCCGCUUCGACCGCUUCCUGCAGGACGUGCUGGCGCUGCCCACCGCCGUGUUUGAGGGCCCGUCCUUUGGCUACAACGCGCAGACGGCGCGCGCCUGCUUCCCCAACCCCCAGCGCGUGACCCAGAGCAUCUUCCUGGACGCCCUCAUGUCGGAGCCGCCCCCCCAGUGCCUCGCGUGGCUCCCCCUCAUACACCGCCUCUGCAGCGCCGAGAAUGUGUUCCACCCGGUGGAGUGCUCGUUCUGCCACAGCGAGAGCAUGCUGGGCUUCCGCUACCGCUGCCAGCAGUGCCGCAGCUACCAGCUGUGCCAGGACUGCUUCUGGAGGGGCCAGGCGAGCAGCACCCACUCGAACCAGCACCAGAUGAAGGAGUACACCUCCUGGAAAUCCCCGGCUAAGAAGCUGGGAGCUGCCAUCUCAAAGACGCUGGGCUGCGUGUCCGGUCGUGAGAAUUCCCACGCCUUGUACCCAGAGUCUCCGGACAACGGCGCAGAGACCACGCACGUCGGCCUCCCCUGGUCCCACUCCAGUGCGAUGGACGGAGUCGUCCCUUCCUCCAACCGCAGCUCCGUGUUAAUGGCCGAGAGCCCGGGCCGCUCUGAUGACGAGCACCACCUCAUCGCGCGGUACGCGGCACGGCUGGCAGCCGAGGACAACAGGGCUUUGGCUGCGGGGGAGAUCUCUCCGCUCUCGAUGGACGUCAACAAACAUCAGCGGCAGCUCAUCGCCGAGUUGGAGAGUCGCAAUCGGGAGAUCCUGCAGGAGAUCCAGCGCCUGCGUGUGGAGCACGAGCGGGCGUCGCGGGCGCCGGCGCCGCCCGACCGCGACCACCACAGCCCGGCCCUGCUCACCGAGCUGCGCCUGCUGAGGCAGCGCAAGGAGGAGUUGGAGCGCCGCAUGUCGGCCCUGCAGGAGAACCGCCGUGAGCUCGUGCAGCAGCUCGACAGCCUCAUGAAGCUUCUCAAGACCCAGGGGUCGGGGUCCCCGCGGUCGUCCCCCGGCCACACCGCGAGCCGGCCGAUCCCCACCCCGAUCCGCACCCCCUCGUGCGGCUCCUCGCCGGCCCACACCCCCCAGGAGCCCCCCCCUAGCCCCGGGGGGGACCCACACACCCCGCCCUUCUCGCAGGGGUUCCGGAGGAAUCUCUGUAACGAUCUCCUUGUGGCGGCCGACUCCAUCGCGAGCACGAUGACGUCACUCGUGCGGGAGCUUGACUCGGACAUCAGUGGAGACGAGGAUGAUGGCGGGUUCUUCCCGGCGGCGCGAGAUCGAGAUCCCAUCAGAAGGCAGAGUGGGGGGGGCCGGCGCGAGUGGGAGCCCCCCCCCCACGGGGGGGGGCUGCCGUCGCCCCCCUCCCCCGACCUCAUCAUCCUGGCGCCGUCGAGCGCUCGGCGUCAUCUGGGGGGGUCCGGAGCCCCCCACUGCGUGCAGGAUGAGGGCUUGGCGGCGCCGUCGCCGCGCGGGGCGGGCGAGGGCUGUGCCGGGGGGGAGCCCCUCAAGCACCGGGUCGCUCCGGCCAACUCGCCGCUCCCUCUCACACAAGCGCUCGUGAGUUCCUCUGGGCAAGACGAGGAUCUGGCGUCGGGGAGCAGCGCCGGCCAGCACAACAGCGGCGGCGGCGGUGGCGGUGGAGGAGGUGGUGAUGAGGGGGGACGGGUGAGGAGGAGCCUGGUUCAGUAACAGCGCCACGAUCGACCGAGACGGCACGGACGGGUGGAGCGGGGCCAUGGGGUCGUAAGGUCGUGGGUGGAUGGGGUCG